CGAAAACCUUUAUUUGCAAAAGGCCUUUUUAUUACCAGAAAAUCGACUCCGGCCGUGACCUUAUCGAAUGGAAUCCAAUUAAAUCCUAAUUUAUUCGAUAUAUAAAAAAUAUAUUUAGAUAACCGACGGAAAGGUAUCAUCAAAUCAUCUCUGCCUUUAUGAGAUAUACCUACUAAAAAUACGCAAGUGUCCUUGUAAACAGGAACUUCUUCUUGGUGGGGAAAAUUCAACAAACCCAAAGAGAAUCCAAACAAUUCUCAACCGGAAUCACAAUCGCCAUGAACUUGCUACUGCUAUUCCUCGGCUUGGCAACAGCGCAAGCCGGCUCGAUAAACCGGCAACGCCGCCGACAAGCCGCCUACGAAUCCCCGUGCGGUCUCGCCACGCGCCUGCGCGCUCUAAAUCCCUCUUUUCCCGGGACAAUCACCCGCGAAGCUGAUCAACAACAGCUAAUCCACGACGAACAAUUCGUUUCGUCUACGCCGGGGUACUACGAGCUUAAUCGAGGAGUAUUAGCAGCUGGUCAACCGAUAUCGGAAGAUGAAACCGGCAAGUUUGAAGCUAAUCAACAGCUAAUACACGAUGGACAAUUCGUUUCGUCUACCCCUGGAUAUUAUGAGCUUAAUCGAGGAGUAUUGGCAACUGGACAGCCGUUAUCGAUUGUUGAAACUAACAAAUUCGAAGCUAACCAACAGCUAAUCCAAGCUUCGACUCCAGAAGAACAAUUCGCCUCGUCUACGCCCGGAUACUACGAGCUCAAUCGAGGACUAUUCGCAGCUGGUCAACCGAUAUCGACAGUCGAAGCCGGCAAAUUCGAAGCUGAGCAACCGGUACUCAACCUGCACACGGGCAAAUACGAAGCAGCUUCUGGACAUUCUUCGAACGCCUUCGAAGCUGACCGAUUUCUGUCGCAGUUACAAGGCGAUUUCCAGCAUACGAAAGCCUCGAUUUCCGGCCAUCCUGGACGAGUCCUGAAGAGUUUCUACUUCUUCGCGGCGCCGGAAGAGCGCGCCACCGUCCGAUCGAAGAUCAGGCUGGUGCAGCCGAGCACCAAGCACGUGAACGUCAUCUUCAUCAAGGCGCCUGAAGCGCCCAAGGUGGAGCACGUGGUGGAAUCGCAGCCCAAUAAACAUGAGGAGAAGACGCUGGUCUACGUGCUGGUGAAGAACCCCCAGGAGUCCCAGGAGGUGACUGUGGAAGCCGGCGAGCCUGCGAAGCCCCCCAAGCCCGAGGUGUUCUUCCUGAAGUACUCCAACGAGGAGGAAGCCCGGGCGGCCGUGGAGGAGGUGAAGCUGCAGCAGCAAAACCACGGCGGGGCGCAAGUAGAAAUCCUCGAUGGAGGUAGCGAAGCUGAAGCCGGUGGAGGUUCGGGGGUGUUGGCGGUGCUGAAGGGGAGCCAAAGGGGCGGCGGGUUCUCCACGAGUCGGCCUUUGUCGAUAGGCGGCGGGUUUCAGGUGCAGGUCGAUGGGAGUAGGGUGGAAGCUGGGGGAGCUUCGGAGGUUUCGUCGGAGGUGGGGGGCGGUUUGCAGGAGUUGCUGCCUCCGGUGUCGGAUGGCGCGCUGGGCGGGUUUUUCGUGUCCACGACGGUGGCGCCCGUGAAGACCACGCCUAAGUAUUUGCCGCCUUUUUGAAGAAGGGUUUUGAUGUAAAUGUUGUGAGAUAAUAAAGGAUUAAGUGAUUGAUGAGUUUGGG